AUGCAAACCUCGAUGCUCACGGCCCGGUUGCGCGGUGACACCCCCGAUGAGCCUGAUUUCAUGGCAAGCGGCUGGCAGAGUGCGGGCGCCGGGGGGACGCUGUUCGAGAUCCAGGGGGCCCCGUCUCUGUACCGGGAAUACCACAGGCAGAGGCGGAGGCAGCUUGCGGCGGCGAGGGCUCUCGAGGAGAAGGAGGCACGCGGCGGUCAGCGGGGGGGGGGAGGCAGCGACUGUACCGGCGGGGCUCCCUCCGCCGCCGGCGGCCCGGCCAAAGAGGGCGGCUCCCCGCCGCCGCAACGCAUUAACGACGGCGACGCGAUGAUGGACGAAGAUUCCGAGGAUGAUCUGAUCGGGCCUCGAGCGGCCCCAGCAGUAGCAGCGAGCACGCCAGCGACGGGGGAAAAGGUUGUCGGGGAUAGCCGCAGCCCUUCCUCUGGCUCGGGGGGCGAGGCGGUGGCGGCGGCGGCGGCGGCGGCGGCAAUACCUGCUGGUGCUUGCGAGCAAGGCAAGAAGCCGGAAGGGGGCGUCGAGCGGAAGGCGGUGUCAGACGAACGCGAUGACACGGCAGUUCGGAGACGGCGGAAUGGCGAGGGUGCGCACGUCGAUAAUGCCGCGGCCGGGGCAGAGCAUGCUGGCCGUCGUGCUGCUGUCGCUCCCGCCGCUGCGGUUGGCCCCGGGGAUACGAGCGGCGGCGGGGAGCGUCUCGCCCCUUCGGUGGGGAUGCCGACGGUUGCUAGGCGGGCCCCGCCUCUUGUGGUAGGCACGAGAACGGACGAUUGCACGCCGGCGGCUGCGGUACGCCGGCAGGAUGCAGUGACCGAUCACAGGCGCGAGGUAGUGACGGGCGGGAGGAGCGGGGAGCCCGAAGCUGUGAAAACGGCGCAACCCGCGACUGCAGCGGGCCCCGCAAACCAGGCACCGGGGGGGAACGAUACAGAGGUCACGCUGCGAGAAGACGAUGAGGGGGGCCAAAGUAGUCCUGCCGCCGCCGCAGCAGCAACUGCCCAGGAGCCCCAGGCCUGUAUGCCGGUGGGCGUUUCGCCUGUCAGACGUAGGGCCGCGCGCAGGUCGGUCGGGGGCAGCAGGGCCGGGGCGUUCGUCCCAGGGGGCAGCCGCGGCGGCGCGGCGGCGCUCUCGGCCGGGUUGCACUGCGACGACGAUAGCGGGGACCCUGACGACGAAGACGAUGACGAAGACGACGACGGGCUUGACGAUGAGUUCGAGGAUGACUCGGAGGACGAGGGUUUCCAGGAGCGGCUCACGAAGGCCCUGCGGGAGUCGGAGCAAGCGGAGGUGAUGAGAACGGUGGCGGCGGCGGCGGCGGUGGCCGCUGGGCCACCGGAGGCUGCGACAGAGGGCGGCGGCGGUGAUGACGGACUGAAGACUGCUGCUGCUGCAGAGGGGAUUACAGGGCAGCAGAGUCGAGAAGUCGCUGGACGCACGUCUCCGGCCAAGGAGGAAGAGGGCGGCGGCGGCGGCGGCGGCGGCGGCGGCGGCGGCGGUGGUGACAACCCUGUAGUUUCGGCGGACGACGAGGAGGAGGAGGAGGAGGAAGACGACGACGAUGACGACGGCAACCUCAGCGAGCGGAGCUGGGAGAGCAAGAUGAUGCAGCCGCUGCUCGACCUCCAGAAGGUGAAGCAGCUGUUCGAGGACUGCUACGGCGAGACCUGCCCCCACUACCUGUCCAGCCUGAACUGGUUCCUCUGCAUCGGCGGCGUGGAGAAGUUCGAGGCUCGCCUUACGGCGAAACCUCCGCCCAAGGCUACCUUCGUGCGCGGCCUCGUGGAGAUCCUGUGCAUGGUUGCCGAGGUGGUGUCGGACGCAACGGCGCUCAAGAUCCUCAAUGAAACCCUGACCAAUGUGCGGGCGUACGUUGCGGGCGUGUCGAGCGACGACCUAAAGCGUUCUCCGGAGAACAGGGCGGCGCUGUUCAGCGCCAUGGACUUCAUCAGCUUCCUGAUAGACCGCAUACCGACGAAGCUGCCGAUCGGCUACAAGAGGGCCGUGAUGAAGACGAGGUACGGCCUGUGCCUCGAGUACCUCAAGGGCCCAACCCUUCAAGUGCGUCUGUCCGGGCUUAUGGAGCUUGGGAAGGCAAUCCACAACAUGCACUCUUCGCACGCUCACCACUACCAGCAGCGGCAGCUAUUCCAAAUGGCCCAUCAGAAGGAGAUCGAGGACCGCGCGGCGGCGCGAACAAAGGCGCUCUCCUCGCCUGGCAACAACGCCGACUCUGAUUACUCCCGGGAGCGAAUGGCGAGUGAGUUCGAUGACAAGCACUGGGUCGGCCAUGACCUGGCGGACUGGAUGAUUAAUGACGAGCUGAUAGAGCUCUUGUUCAGCGCCGGGUUUCUUCACACGGAGACCCUGAAGCGGUCCGGAGACAUCCCGCGGUAUCUGGCGUGGCUCAACAAGCUGUCGAACGAUCACCUCAAGCUCAUCUGGGACGCGGCGAGGGAGUCCGCGCACGAGUCCAUCCGGCACGCCGUGCUCCAGCUGCUGCAGGGGCUUUUCCCUCACCUUGUCAAGGAGCAGCUGGGCCUGAUCAACUCGUUCGCCCGCCAGCUGCCCAAGUGCGAGUUCGACGUGCGCACCCUCGUCUUGUUGAGGCACCUUGCCACGGCUACCAUGAAGCUGGAGAAGGAAAGAGUCACCGAGCUCGGCACGAAAAAGGCCGCGGAGCUUGAGGUGACCGCCCCAACCGACACCGCCGCUGCCGCAGCCGCAAGCGGCUGCGGCGGCGGCGGCGGCGGCGGCGGCGGCGGCGGCGAAGAGAGCAGCCGUGCGCGGAGCGGCGUGAUGAGCGGAAUGGAGGUGCUGUGGGACUGCGUGCAGGAUGACGCGCCUGGAGAUGCCAGGCACGUCGCUUCGUGGUCAGGGGGCGACGGCUAUGGACGGUUUGGGGGUGGGGGGCGGGUAUCGGAGUUGAUAGCCAGGCGACAAGAGUGUGAAGGCUUUGUGGUUUCCUUGAUGCGAAGGGCUGUUGUGAGGGGAGCGCUGCCGCUUGCCCUCCACGAGGAAGCCUUCUCGUGCCUGCUCAACUCGGUGGGACAGCUGGGGUCCGGAUUGCCUUGCUCUGUGGACCCGAGGGUUUGGCUGCUUGACGAGGUGGUGAAGUGCCUCAAGGAGCGCAAGUCGGUCGUCCAGGCACUGCGGGUGCUGCGAGCUCUUCUUGAAUCAUUCCGGCACUUUGCGAUAAUGGUCGGCCAGGAGUUUGGUCCCUCCAGGCCUGGCCCCGCGGCCGCCGCGGCAGGCGCCGCGCCCGGCGUUAGCCACGAUGCCGCCGGUGGCAAUGCCGCGGGAAAUGGGAGAUCAGAGCAGGAAGGGGGGGUUCUGCGAAAGAGAGAACGGAGAGGGGGGGAGGAGGGUGUUCCUGUGGCAAAUGACGACCUGGCUUCUGUUAGUGUUGCCCCUGCUAGUGCUGCCGGGGAGGGGGAGUCCACGUCGCCGCCGGCAUCGGAAAAGUUUAGCAGCCGGAGGGCCAGGAGGCCGCCGACCCUGGUGCCGACGAAGGGGAUCGUGGUGGCGAAGGCGAUGGGGGUCACGGGGCUGGCCCUCGCGGAGCUCAUGCAGUACAAGGCAAGUCAGUGGUCUUUGGAGUACGCUUCCAACAAGGUGCGCGAGCUCGGCCUGGAGUCGGGGGAAGCCGUAGACGCUGCCGUCCUCGAGGGUAGGGCGUACCCCCACCUGGACGCGAUGCGGUAUCGCCUCAACCUGCUGCAGACGCUGGUGUGCGCCACGUCCCACGUCAUCACGCCGGGGCAGGCGGAGGGGCUGUGGCUUGCCCUCGUGGAGAGGGCUGUUUCCACCGCGGAGCUGGACUCGAGCUUCCAGGCGUUGCUGGGCCUGGGGAGGGAAGCGCCGGAGGGGCUCGCUGCCCUCGCGGGCACUUUCUUCGAGCGCAUGUGCUGUCAGGGUGGGGGGCCGGCGGUGGGGAAUGGACACUGCCGGGGGAUGCAGGGCGGCUCGACGACGGUGCCUGCCCCGGAUCUCCUGGCCGUCGAUGGCAAGGCCACGGGCGGCAGAGUACGCAACGGGGGUGGGUCAACGACAACAACACGCGACAACGGCAGCAGCAAUAGCGCCGCAGCCGCCGCGACGGUGAGCGACGACGCGCGUCGUUCCACCUCUGCCCAAUCACCAGUGGGGGGGGAGGAGGCCAGACGGCAGCGCGCGACGAGCCGGCGGCAGCGGCAGCAGCAGCAGCACUUCGACAUCCACAAGCUUCGCCCGUCCGGGUUCCGGUUCUUUAUCUGCUGCCUAGAGGUCACCAACCUCGCCAGCGGAUGCCUACGUCCCCGUGGCCCUAGCGGCGGCAGCGGCGGCAGCGGCGGCAGCGCUGGCUCUAGCCCCGAAGACCCAGGGCCGAUGCCGGGGCCAAUGGCGGAGCUCGAGCCGCCUGAGGGGGAGGCGGGGGGAGACGCAGGGGAUGGGGGGGGGGUCGGGAGUUACGUCGUGGUGAGCAUGGAACUGCUGGGGCUGGAGACGCUGUGGAGCAUCGCGCUCGAAGUGGAGGAGGAGGAAGUGUCCGAGGCGGCGAUCAAGAAGCUGUGCGAGCUCUGCCUCCACGUGGAAGUGUCGGACGAGCUUUCGGCCGACGCUGUGGCGAGAGAACGCGCGGCCUUCGUGUCCCGCUGCACCGACCGCUUGGCGAGGGCCGCGGACACCCUGAGGGCGGGGGCGUCGCCUUCCGAGGGGGGCAGCGUUGGCGUCGAAGCGCAGCUGCUGCUGGCCUACCUCGAGGAGGCGGGCGAUCGGAUGCGCGCCCAGGGGCUGUCGGUGCACAGCCAUUGCGGGAACCAGCAGCUACUGCAGCACUCGCGCAGCAUGAUGGCCGUGCGGGUGCAGUCCAGCGGCGGGAAGGAAACGGAGGUACAAGUCUUCCCGGGCCAGACCGUGCAGAGCUUGAGGGUGGCCGUCGCGAUUAGCCUGGGCCCGGAGUGGACGGCAGGCACGACCCGCCUGCUCUACCGGGGGCGCGAGAUGGACGCGGACGACAAGACUCUCGAGCCGGAUGGAGAAACGGCCACCCCGACCGUACUGAGACCGGUCUCGCGAGAGCCGAGCGAAGAGGCAGACGGCGCAGGCAGCAGCCCCGCCGCCCGGGGCUCGCCAGCCGCCGCUCAGCGGGGACGAAAACGCGCGGCCUCCUGCGACACCGCGGACCCGGCUCCUCGAAAGGGCCUUGCUGCGGUGGGCGUUGCUCCGGGAAGGGCAUGGAAGGGCAGCGGCGGCGGUGGUAACGGUGGUAGCGGUAGCGCUGAUGGCGGCAGCCCUGGUGGCGGCGAGGGGGGUGGGGGCUCUGCCGCCACCUCGAUGGACAUCGAAACAAGCAGCGGCAGCAGCCCCGCGAAGAAACAACCGGAGGCCGGAAGCAGCAGCGGUGGUAGCAACGGUCACGCUCCUUCUCCCUCGAGAAAAGCGGCGGCGGCGGCGGCGGUGGCUGCUGCGGAGCCGGCGGAGCAGGCGGUGCCGGCACAGGGGGUGCCGGGCCGCCUACCUGGAUGUUCGAGCGGGAAUGGCGACGCCUCCUUGCCCGUGGAGAUGAGCAGCGCCGGGGUAGUGGCUGGCAACGGCGGCGGUAGCGUGGUGGUCGAAGGCUGCAUGAAGGCCACGCCGCCCUCGGAGCUUCCUCUCCUUGAGCUCGAGAAGCAGUCAACCGUGGACACGCUGUUCGAGCUCAUGGAGUCCGGGCAGAGCGUGAGCGUCUUAGUGUGGGAUCUGCUGAUGAAGAUGCCGACCAACAUGAGGCUCUUCAACGGGUUCUUGUCCAUUGGCCUCACCACAGGGUCGACGAUUGCGCGACAAGGACACGCCGCCGCCGCCGCCGCGGCCGUUGAGGGCGGCCCGCUGUCCCUCCUGCAAGACGCCUCCUCCAGCCGCCUCCUGUACUCGCUCAUGAUCGUGGAGCACCUCUUGAGCCGGGACAUAUCCACGCCCCUCCUCGUCGCCGACGUGCCCCCCGGCGGCGGCAACGGCGGCGAACGGAGCGUGGGACAGCAGCAGCAUGCGUCCGAACACGACGAGAGCAAUUCCGUCGCGACGGCCGUCCGCCUAGCCACGAUAGCGGCGUUCACUGGCGGCGGUGGUCUCACCGAAAGCGCUCCGGAGAUGAAGCCCGGCAUGAACGGGGUAACGGGACAGGAGCCGGCCACCGCCACCGCCGGUGACGGUGGUGGUGGCGAUGGGAAUAGCGACGGUGACUGGGAGGUGUACCAACCGGCGGCGUUUAGUGUCGGCGGCGGGGCUAGCGGCGAUUUUGUGGCCGGCUGUGGCGUCUUAGAUGUUGGUGAAGUCGUUGGUGGAGGUGGAGCCAAGAUCGGCCGGAGAACAUGGCGUGAUCGGUUCGUCGGGAGCGGGGGUAUCGAUGCCCUGGUGGAGCUGGUGCUGACGAGGGACUGGGAUGCUACCCGAGGGUGUCGGGACUGCGGGGGCGAGGGGAGGGGGUGGCCCGGGGAAAGCACCGCGGCGAUCUCUCUGGCUUGCCUUGCGCUGCUGCUGGUGCUCCUGGAGAGGUUCAUGGAGGAAGGGUACUUGCCGGAGCCGCGGCAGCUGACGAGGCUGAUGGAGCGUCUCCCGGUCAUCCUCUUCACCACCUGCCGUUGCUACCGUGAGCUAGCGGCCCCGGCGGCUGGCGCGACGUCGGGAACGUCUUCGAUGAGGCCUAGGCACCCCGCCGCCGCCGCCGCCACGACCACUAUUGCUACCGCCAGCAAGGGAGAUUUCGACCCACUGGAGGAGACAGUGCGAGCGGCGCGCUCCUGCUCGGCGAUCAUCACCAACCUUCUCACGCUUCCCCGCCCGCCGCCGCCGCCACCCGCCGGUCCCGCCGGAAGCGGGGCAGGAAUGGCGGCGGCGGCGGCGGCGGCGGCCACGGCCACGGCCGCCGUGCAGGAGUGCUUGACGCUGAGCGCGAGGGCCGGUAUGGCCAUGACCAUGGUCUCGAGCACGGCCUUCGGGGAGGCGGCGAGGGAGGCGCUCGUGCGGUCCCCGUCGCGGGAGCUGCGGGAGAACGCGAUGGGGGUGAUGGCCGCCCUCGCUGGGAUCGACCGCGAGGUCGCGGGGGAGGCGGGGGCGUACGAAGGCGGCGGCGGCGGCGGCGGCGGCGAGUUCGUCAGUCUGACCACGGUUAUGGCUCAGCUUUUGAUCUCGCUGGUGCCCUACGGCAGGAACGAGCCUGACGGGGCCAGGUGCCGCGAGCUCUACCAGCUCCUUUCUGACUUCCUCAGCAAGGGGGACGUGGACGCUCGCGCGCUUUGCGCCACCCUCCCGGCCCUGCGCCCCCCCCCGCCUGCGGCGCCCCCCGCGGCUGCCGGGAGCGGGUUGCCAUCACCCCAUGCCUCUGGCGAAAACGCCGCCAACAAUGGCGGCACCGGCGGCACCGGCGGCGGGAACGACGGUGGCGGCGGCGGCGGCGGCGGCGGCCAUGUGGACACGUCCUUCUACAGCAUUGACGGUCCGCUCCCGGCCCCGGCGCCCGCCGACGAGCGGGAGUUCGCCUCGACGGCUGUGGCAGCGCUGUCGGAGGCGGUAGCGGCCGACGGGGUGCCCGCCCUGGCCCAGGUGGUGCCGCUGCUGGUCUGGCUCAUGCGGCUGAUCGUGAAGCCGAGGGUGACCGCGGCCGACGCCCACCUCUCCGGGCUGCUCGGGCUCGCGCGCAUCGUCAUCGGCUGGUUAGGGCCGCGGGGUAAGGAGGCGGUGGGCCUCCGGGGGCUGGAGGGGAUAUGCGCGGCCGAGGAGGGGGUGGUGGGCACGCGGGGAAUGGGCUUGCUUCACCACGUCUACCACGAAUGCUUGUUCGAUAUCGCGACGCACGACAACCAUGGGCCCUUGGCCCCUCCCAAGUGCAGGUCGGAGGGUUGUCGGGCCAACGCGUUCGGGCUGCUGACGGACCUCGCCACCGACUGCCGGGCGAACGUGGCCGUCCUCAUCGACCUCCUCCUCCGCCACCACUCGAGCUCCUCCCCCUGCCAUUCCCCGUCCGCUGCCGUCGCCGCAGCGGCAACGGUAAAGCCCCCGAAGCCGACCCAGUCAGCAUCCUCCCCUGACGCCAAAGGCAACGGCGGCGGCGGCGGUGCUGCCCCCGACGAGCAAGAACCGGCGGUAGGCGGCGAUGAACCUGACGCUGCUGCUGAAGCGGCGGCGGCUACCGCCGACGCUUCUUCCGGGGGCGGCGGCGGCGGUGGCGGCGGCGGGGCCGGUUGCGUGGAGCGGGUGUCGUGGGCGUACGCGCCGCGGCAGACGGACAAGGCCGAGUGCGGAUACGUCGGGCUGCAGAACCUGGGGGCGACCUGCUACAUGAACUCGCUGCUGCAGCAGCUCUUCAUGGUCCCCGCCCUCCGAUUCGGAGUGCUGAGCUGCGACCCGUUCUUCAGGACCCCGGAGCAGAUCGAGAAGGGGGAAGGAGUGGUCCCUAGGGAGGAGAACCUGCUUUACCAGCUCCAGGGAAGCCGGUGGACCCGCUAG